AUGUCAUCAACUAGUAAUGAAAAUAUAUCUAGUUAUGUAAUAUUUAAAAGUAAAGGACAACAUAUAAACACAAGUUAUAACCCAAUUGAUAUUCAUCCAAUUCAUCCAUGGAUUGUUUAUGCUGAUUCAGAUAGUAAUAUUGUUAUUCAGAAUUAUCAAAACAAUGAAAAGAUAUUAAAUUUUUCAAUUUCACAACAUGAUGAAGAGAAAAAGGAACAAAUUUUAUUACUACAAAAAAAAGUACCAACAUUAUCAGCAUUAUCAUCUUCAGCAAGUGGUAUAAAUGGUACAAAUAAUAAUAAUAGUGGUAGUAAUAGUAGUAAUAAUAAUAAUAAUAAUAAUGGAUCAUUAUCAAAUAGUCCAAAUAAUAAUAAUAAUGUAGCAUUUAUAGGAUCAACAGGUGGUGUAGAUAGUAGAAGUGCAAGUGUAACAAGUAUAGGUAGUGGUGGUGGUGUUGUUACACCAAUCAAUGUCAAUAGUAAUAGUAAUUCAAAUUCACCAUCAGUACCAACACUUCAUGUUAUUGGUAAUCAAACUCUUCAUAAUAGAUCACCAAAUAAUACAAUUAAAUUAUCACCAAAUUCUUCAAAUAAUGAUUCUUUAAAUAAUAAUAAUAAUAAUAUCAAUAAUAAUAGUACCAAUAGUAAUAAUUAUUUGAAUGAAAAUUUAGAUAAAAUGAAAUUAGGUCAAAUUAAAUUCAUUUAUUUUUAUGAUAAACAUACAAGAUCAUGUAAAGAUAAAAAACCAAAAAUUUCACAAAAUAAAUUACAAAACAUAAGUAAAGCACAACCAUCAGUUGGUAUUGAAGAUUAUAUUGUGGUUGUAGCAGAAAAUAGAAUUGUAUUUAUAAAUUAUCAUUCUCAAAGAUUAAGAGAAGUUAAAAUUCCAGCAUUUGAAAAUAAAUCACCAAAUUCAGUUGAAUUCUUUUCAAAUUCACCUUUUGUUGCAUUUGGUGGUCCAGAUUCUAUGAUUAGAUUAUGGAAUACUGAAAAAUGGGAAAUUGAAAAACAAUUAGCUGGUCAUCCAAAAGGUACAAUUGUAAAAUUAAAAGCAAUUGAAAUUGAGGGUGAAUUUUUAGUUUCAGGUGGUACAGAUGGAUUUGUUUGUGUUUGGAAUGUAAAGACAGGUAGUUUAGCAACACAAUUUUCAAAAGUACAUGAAAUUGUAGAUUUAUCAUAUGAUUAUGUUACGGGACAAGUGAUGGCAUUAACUCAGGAUAGACAUAUUAUGAUCUAUGAUUUGAAUACAUUGAAGGAGGUAUCAAAGGUUAGUUGUGGUAAAAAGGAAUUCUUUUCCAUUGAGGCAUAUUAUCAUUCAAGAUUUAAUCAAGAUCUAUUGCUUGGUAUGAAACAACCCGCACAAGUUUCAUUCUUUUCAAGAUCAGGUUCAACUAAAGAGUAUUCGAUUGAUUUGGAUGCAUUAUUGAAUCCAUCGAAAAAGGAGAAAUCGAAAUUGUAUAAAGUGGUACAACAUCCUUUACAGCCUCAUCUAUUGUUAUGUUGGUUAAAUAAAAGUGUUUAUAUCGUAUCAACAUUGGCAACUAGUAUACCAAUGCAAGUCACAACUUUCAAUAGUCUAUCCAAUGAUCAUACGGUUUACUAUCCAUUUGCAGGUUAUCUAUAUUCAAGUUCUUUGACAAAUGUAUUGACAUGUGAAAAAGUACAAACACCAAUUCAAUUAUCAUUAAAUGAAAACUAUAAAUUGGAUAUAUCACCAAGUGGAAAGUAUCUUUCAAUUCAUGCAAUCAGUAGUGGUAAUUAUCAAAUCCUUGAAAUUUCAACUUGGAAAAUCUUGGAGAAAGGUCAAGCUUUGGAUGUGGCUUGGAGUGGUAAAGGUAAAGAUUCAACAGUGGAUGAGAAAUUUGGUAAACUUGAGAAAAUUUUGGAAUCAGUCGAUUCUGUUAAAAAGAAGAAAACUUUAGGUAUCUUACCAUCAAUCGUUAAGAGUACAAAGAAAGAGGAGACUGUAAUCUCCAAAAUCUUAUUGAAAACUAAAGAAUUCAAUAAUAAUAAUGUAGUGCAAGAAUUGUUAUUACAUGCAAAUGAAGAUAGAAUCUCUGGUGGUUUAAUGUUGGGUGUUUAUCAUAAAGAAUCUACCAAUUCAAAUGGUACUUUAAAUUAUGGAAGUGGUGGUUCCAUUGGUAGUGGUAGUGGUAGUGGUACAAUUUCUUCAGGUUCUUCAAAUUUAAUAAAUGGUAGUGUUGGUGGUUCAUCAAGUAAUAAUAGUGCCAAUAGUAAUAAUAGUAAUAAUAACAACAACAAUAAUAAUAAUAAUAGUAAUAAUAGUAAUAAUAAUAAUAAUAGUAGUCAACCAAUAUUAGAACCACCAAUUAUUACAACUGGUGAAGAAACUGAAUCAAAAUCAUUCCAAUUGUUAGAUUGGUGGACACUCCAACCAGUUGGUGAAUCAUUACCACCACCAUUGAAAAUCUAUUGGGAUCAAAAUCAAACCCAUUGUGCAAUCGCUUUCACUCAUUACUUUUUCGUAUUUAAAUUAAGACCAACCUUUCAUAUGCUUUGUCGUUGGUCAUUAGGUAUAACCUCUGCAGUUUGGCAUAAUAAUACUUUAUUCUUUUCAACUCACAAUGACAUUCAAUGUAUUUUCCCACAUAAACAUGAAUCAUCACCAAUCAUAUUGGCCUCUUCAACUGGUAACGUUUUCCCUGAGGAUCUUUAUGAUCUUUCUUCUGGUUCACUUUCAACUUCAAAACCAAAUCAAUCAUUUUCAACACUUCCAAAUAUUAAACCAACUGGUCCAAUUUCCUUAAUUGAAGUUAACAAUGAAGGACUUGUAUUAUUAGAUAGUAAUUAUAAAUUUUAUUGUAUACCAUUAACUCAUUAUUUAUUGAAAUUCUUUAUAUUGGCACAAAUGGAAGCAAUUGACCUGGCUAUGAAAUGUUCAACGAUGGUUGAUCCAAAAUAUCAUUAUCUUAUGGCAAAGUUUUUAACAGUUCGUGGUCAUCCAAAAGAAUGUUUACAAAUGAAUGGUAUUUCAAACUUUUUGAAACUCCAAAUCUGUUUGAAUAAUGAAGCAUUUGAAACCUCAUUAGAUAUUGUACCAUUGAUAACAGAGGCAAUUAAAUCUGGUCAAUCAAUUACCAAUGAAAAUAAUAAUGACGAAGAGGUCACUUUAUCAUCAAUGGGUAAAAUGUGUAUUGAAAUUGGUCAACGUGCCCAAAAUAAAAAUGAAUACCCUACCGCUGAAAAGGCUUUCAAAUUGGCAACUUCUUUAGAACCAAAUUCUGCCUAUCAAGAAUUAGCACUUCAUUAUGUUUUCUUAAAGAAAAUGAAUGAAUUAAAAGAAUUACAACAAAGUAUUUCAACAACUUAUCCUUUGGAAAGUAAUUUAAUCUCUUUAUUUUUGGAUUAA